AUGGUUCAAUUUUACUACCACGACAACAAGGACACCCUUGAGAACUUCACCGAGCCACACGACUCAGGCAAGCCAGUCACACAGGAAGAACUAGCCGCCAUCGGCGUCAUCUACAAAUACAUCACCACGCAACAGGAGCUCGACGCUUUAGCCAAGGAGCGCGAGUACAAGAACAGAGACGUGGUGAACCUAAAUCUCGCUGCGUUCAACAACGACUUGGACGCCUACAACGCCAAAAUGCAACAGUUUUACAAGGAGCACUACCAUGACGAUGAAGAGAUUAGAUACAUCGUGGACGGCGAAGGCUAUUUCGAUGUGAGAAACAAGGGCGACGAGUGGAUCAGAGCCAGGUUGGAGAAGAACGACUUGUUGAUUUUGCCCGCGGGCAUCUACCACCGUUUCACGUUGACCGACGGCUUGAAGCAGGUCAAGGCGGUGAGGUUGUUCAAGGAUGAACCAAAGUGGGAAGCUAUUAAUCGUGAUUCUGGAAAGGAGAGCGAUGCUCGUUUGAGCUAUGCUCAAAGUAUUGCUGUCUAA